AUGAUCAACCUUCUCUACGCCCUCAUAUUCUUCACCCUCCUCUUCUCCACCACAGCCUACUUCACCCGCUACACCUGGCUCCCGCCCUUACUCGACGCCUUCGAUGCGAUAGAACCCUACCUGCGCCGCGCUCCUGGCGGCGAAUAUCUCUAUCAGCGACUCCCCUUCACCUCCAACUCGUUCGAGGAGGACAUAGAAGCCGGUCUUUCGUCCGCCGAAUUUGAUCUUGCGGGCAACGUGGGGGGCAGCGACGGUCGCGCGGGCUUGGAUGACGAGGCCAAGCGGGAAAUUCUCAAGAUCAUGAAGAGGAGGAGGCUCAAGUUCGACGACGCCAGGAAGUUGUACACGGAGAGGAUAUUCAAGGCGAACGGUAUCGCGGCCGAUGGGUUGCCGAGGGAUCCCAAGUUUGUGAGCUUUUCGUGA